GACAACGAGAAGCAACCCCGCCAUUGUCUCUCUCAAAGCUCAUAGCUUCCGCGCGCGAAUGGCCGAAGCAUUUCCAAUCACGUCUUGUGAGAAGAAAGCCCCUCACCUCAUCGGAACGCUGACUAAACCACAAUUGAGACCUCAAGCGCAAUCGGAAGCUAUUCCAAUAACGCCCCUCCAUCGUCCCAUAGGUUCAGACCAAAAUAAGAAAAGAGACCUGAGACCCUUAACCACCUUUCCCAUCGCAAAUGUCCCGAUUCCUCAUCUCGCGACCCUCCACAUCCAUCCGCAUCCUCACUAGAAGCUCCAACCUCACAGCCGCCCUCACCACAAUCACCAACUCCACUCAAAUCACCGCAUCACAACCCUUCCUCGCACACUCUCACCACCACCAAACCCGCCCCUUCACCCCAUCACCAACCCAUCGCACAUCCCUCUCCCCAGCCCCGCACUUCACAAUGGCCUCCUCCGGUUCCUCUCUCCCCCAAACAAUGACGGGAAUCCAAAUCCCCCGCACAGGCGGCACAGAAGUUCUGACCCACCACACCGACCUGCCCCUGCCCGCCCUCGGCGAGAACCAAGUCCUCGUCCGCAACGAAUACGCAGGCAUAAACUACAUCGACACCUAUUUCCGCACCGGCCUCUACGCCGCGCCCCUCCCCAUCACACCCGGCCGCGAGGGCGCCGGCACGGUCGUCAAAUCCCACCCUUCCGUCUCCGGCUUCAAGGAGGGCGAUCGGGUGGUCUACAUGGGCCCCUUUGGCUCGUACUCGGGCUACUCCGCCGUCAACGCCGCGCAGCUCCUGCACAUCCCGGACGCGCUUCCUACGAAUAAGGCCGCCGCUGCGCUGCUGCAGGGACUUACGGCGUGGACUUUUAUCCGUGAGGCGGGCGAGGUGCAGAAGGGGGAUUGGGUUCUUGUUCACGCUGCUGCUGGCGGGGUUGGAUUGCAGCUUGUGCAGAUGUUGCGGGCUGUGGGGGCCAAGGUGAUUGGUACGACGAGCAGCGAUGAGAAGUGUGCUCUGGCGAAGAAGAAUGGCGCAGAGUAUAUUGUCAACUCGCGCUCGCAGGAUCUGGUGGAGGAGGUGAAGAAGAUUACGGGCGGGCAUGGUGUUGAUGUCAUCUUUGAUGGUGUUGGUAAGGCUACGUUUGACAGUGAUAUUGAGAUGGCAGCGCGGAAGGGGAGAUUGGUUGUCUUUGGGAACGCGUCCGGAGCUGUCCCUCCCUUCGACAUUCUCAAGCUGGGCCCCAAGAACUUGAAGGUCAUGCGACCCAUUGUCAACGGCUACACCGCGACCAGGGAGGAGCUGGAAAAGUACAGCACGGAGCUGUUUGACAUGAUCACCUCGGGCAAGGUGGAGGUGGCCAUCCACAAGGCGUACCCGCUCAAGGACGUCAAGCAGGCUCACGAGGAUCUUGAAAGCCGCAACACGACGGGCAAGCUCAUCCUCAAGGUCGACUAACUGAGGGCACCCCUGUGACAACAUUGAAAGCGGGUCAACUAGGGGUCGCUAUAAGGGAUUAUUGUCUUGAACU